AUGUCGCAUGUGGAUAGCCUCACGAGGAGAGCGGAAGUGAGACUGAAACUGCAUGCAAUUCCUCCUGUUGCUGCUUCCUCCCUUGCGUCGCGUCGUCUUCUGUUUAGUAUUUUCCCGUUGCGUUGCUGCCAUUCUCGGAUCGCCGCCUCUCCCCUCAUCUUCACGCCCUGCACCAACCAGUGGUUCUGGUUCCCGUUCUGGUUCCGAACAACUGAACUUCCCUCCGUCAUUUCAUUCUCCAUCCCCAGUUCCUCCUCCAUCAUCAUAGCCUCAACCAACUACAAGGAAGCGUUCUCGCUCUUCGACAAGCGCGGCACGGGAAAGGUAUCGCUCGAGUCGCUCGGUGACCUGCUGCGCGCAUGCGGCCAGAACCCUACCCUCGCGGAGAUUGCAGAUCUGGAGAAGAGUAUCGGCGGCGACUUUGACUUCGAAUCGUUCCUGAAGGUGCUGAACCGCCCUGGUGGAUUCCGCGAGCCCGGCGAGCCCGAGGAAUACUGUCGGGGAUUCCAGGUGUUUGAUAAGGAUAUGACCGGGUUUAUUGGGGUGGGGCAGUUGCGCUAUAUUCUCACGAAUCUGGGCGAGAAGAUGUCGGACGAGGAGGUCGAUGAGCUGCUGAAGGCGGUUGAUACCAGCUCCGGCGAGAUCAACUACACCGAACUCGUCCGCACGAUCCUGGCCAACUGA